CCGGCUGGUGCACGUGGGGGGCCUGCUGAAGCCCGAGGAGCACCCGCACCACCAUGGGCACCACCAUGGGCACCCGCAUGAGGAGGAGCACGUCCGAGCACCCAGUGGGCACCACCAGGCUGGCCGCUGCCUGCUGUGGGCCUGCAAGGCUUGCAAGAGGAAGACUACUAAUGCCGACCGCCGUAAGGCUGCCACUAUGAGGGAGCGGCGGCGGCUCAGCAAGGUGAAUGAGGCCUUUGAGACCCUCAAGCGCUGCACCUCCACCAACCCCAACCAGCGCCUGCCUAAGGUGGAGAUCCUGCGCAAUGCCAUCCGCUACAUCGAGAGCCUGCAGGCGCUGCUGCGGGAGCAGGAGGACGCUUACUACCCAGUGCUGGAGCACUACAGCGGGGAAUCAGAUGCCUCCAGCCCUCGCUCCAACUGCUCUGAUGGCAUGAUGGAGUACAGUGGGCCUCCUUGCAGCUCUCACAGAAGAAACAGCUAUGACAGCAGCUACUACACAGAAUCACCAAAUGACCCAAAGCACGGGAAGAGUUCUGUUGUUUCCAGCCUUGAUUGCCUCUCAAGCAUUGUAGAGAGGAUUUCCACAGAUAACUCCACAUGUCCUAUACUGCCUCCAGUCGAAACUGUUGCUGAAGGGAGUCCCUGUUCCCCCCCAGAAGGAGCAAGUCUGAAUGAUACUGGAGCCCAAAUUCCUUCCCCCACCAACUGCACCCCACUUCCCCAGGAUAGCAGCAGCAAUCCUAUCUACCAAGUGCUAUAAAGGCAGGUCAAGCUGGACUGCACUGAAAACAAAUUGCUUCCAAAUCAGCCGUGCUCCGAGGCUGCCUUCUAGGACUGAAAAGACUUCUUAAGACUUGUUCCAGUUUUAAAAUACCACUCAAAAUUCCUUCAAAUAUAUAACUUCUCAAAUCUGUAUUACUUCAAAAUACACAUAGUUAUUUAUUUGUUGUUAAACUAAAGCUAUUUAAUGUGUCUAGAGAUAAAAUUGUAUACCAUGAAAUGGCCAAUGUUUAAUCUGGGCUUUGGGGAAUAGGAACCUGGAUCUUGAAUGUGGAGGAGAAUAGAAAUCUACAACAGUAUUGCUCCUGUUCUGGCCAAAAUAAGGUUGUGGACCAUUUUUUAUAAACUUUUUGUAUAACUGUAAAUAAGAGUUGCUUUGCAAAAAAAAGGGAAAAAAAGAGGAAAAGAAA